CUUGCGAAAAGAUGCGAGUCUCCGAUGUACGAUGCUAAAAGUUUAGUACACAUUCAAAAACUUGCUGCAUACAGAGAAAGAGCACGACUUUUUGUAAAGCAGAAUAGAAAUAUACAGAGAAAGUACCCGAGAGGCCAGGAAGAGUGCAGAAAUAUGACUGACCUGCGCCAAGUGGUCUUUCUGUUGGCACUGACCAGUGUGUCGCACGGCAUUCCUCUGACCAAACGCGAGACGGAUCUUUGCUCGCACGCCUUCCACGGCUUCCUCUGCAGCAAUAAUCGAAAUCACAGAGCUCGCAUUCAGCCGCAGCCUUCCGCAUCGAUUCCGUCCCGAAUUGCUGCGCCGAAAGAGGAUGAGCUGCUUUCGCCGACGGGUGAAAACUCGUUCUUAGACCCGACGUACAUUAUUUCUACGAGCACCCCAAAAGCAACUCGCAUCAACCCACCGCCGCCAAAGCCCGUCCAAUUAGCCGGCUCGGCUUCUGCCAACGUCGAUGUCAGAAAAAGUAAAACGGAGGAUCUCUGUGGGCACGCGUUCCACAGCUUCCUCUGCCAGCCCGCAAAAAAGGCCAAAAUCAAUCCUAUCAGACCUGAAAACUCUUUCCUCGCACCAGCUGUAAUAAAACCGACUACAACAACUACGACCACAACAACAAAAAGGCCAACGACACAGCCACCGCCACCCCCAGAAGUGCCCGAAGCGUCCGUCGACUCGCCGAGUUUCGCUCAGGCCAACCGAAUUCCUGCACAGCAAAGGGUUGUUCCAGUCGUCGCCCCGCAACCCAAAAGCAGUUGCGGGCACGCUUUCCACAGUUUCCUGUGCCAAACUGGCACCAAAAGGAAGAAUAUCGCCCGAAAACCAGUUGAAAUUCCAGAGUCUAGCGUUCUUUUACCAGUGGCAAUCAAACCCUCAACAACUACCACCACAACCACAACUACAACACCUAAACCUACAACGAAGCCUCCCCCACCACCUCCAGUACCUGAAGCGUCGAUCGACUCCCCGUCUUUUGCUUUGCCCAAAAUUGUCGCACCCCAGGACAAACCAGUCGAUCUUUGCUCGCACGCCUUCCACAGUUUCCUCUGCCCCAAACGCUUGAAACCAAAGCCAGUGGAAGUUCCAGAAUCGAGUGUCCUUCUGCCUGUCGCCAUUAAACCGAAGGUCAUCACAACAACAACCACCACACGAAGACCAACAACUCGAAGACCAACUACAACCACCACUACAACAACAACCACCACCACCACUCCCAAACCGAUCGAACCGGCACCGAGUUUCAACUUUCCGGACAGGGUUUCCGCCCCCGCCCAGCAGACCCUGCAGAAACUGCGCCCUGAGGAAGACAAGUGCAAACACGCUUUCCACGCCUUCCUGUGCAAUCCAACUCCGAAAAGGGCGCCGAGGCCUCCAAUACAGCAGGGUGCGAAUUCCAACAUCGAAAAUUCGGUUCUUAUUCCGGUAGCGCGGACCACCCCGACUACGACCACGAGGAGAGCGGUGACCACCCCUCGCAGAACUACUCUCACAACUACAACCACGACGACCACCGUGGCGCCUGAAGAGCCGAAUCAAAUUCCCGAGUUCACGUUCAACGACCCGACAAGAGUGGCUCUGCCGCGCAAGGAGCCGCCGGUGGAUUUGUGCUCACACGCCUUCCACGGUUUCCUCUGCAACCGGAAUGCGCCCAGAGGCAACAGACGACAGUAGUAGUAGAGCCGGUUAGUGGUUAAUUGAUUGCACAAUGCACUCGCUGCCGAUAAUAAUAUAAUGUAUCAAUUAAUUAUAAAAAUGGUGUUGCAAUUUUCUUGGAAUUUUUAUAUAGAAGAUUCCCAAGGGGUUUUUGUAUUGUGUCAUUGCUAUUCAUAAAAAAUAAAAAUGCUUUUUUCAUAUUA